AUGGACAGACAAAAUUCAUCAUUCGGAAAUAAGAAGCGGGCUGAUUGGAGGGCUACUUGCAGGGAGCGUCUUUCUCAGCAUAUUUUGGAAACGCUUGAUAUCGAAGUGCAACCAUCUGAUGUGCGAUUAAAACCAGAAGAAGACAUGCCCUACAAAUGGCAGAUAGACGAUCCGGCUCUUGAGCCAUUGUUCCAAAAGCAUCUAAGCAAACAUUCAGUUGGGACUUACAUGCUGCUUCACAGGAGGGUGGGCCAGACCUUCCAUGCGGUCCGACCGGAGAAGGUAUUUAAUCACCCUUUAUACUGCAAUUCGGAAGGGCUAAACAUCCCAGAUCAGCUGGAUCUUAUUGCAAAACUACAAGUUGAGAAUUUUGGCCUCGCUGAAAAAUUAAGACUAGCCGAAGAAAAAGCCCAUGAAAACGAGCUGGCUGUGGUAGAGGCAAAAGAUGAGAUCAACUCUCAACGGUCUAUAAUAGAGAAAGCCAAGGUUGCUUUACACCGCCACGAGCAGGACAUGUUGGAUUUGAGGUCUCUUUGUGAAUGGUACCAGUCCAAGUGUCUCCAGUGCUCUAGCGUGCUGGGCCAGAUGAUGGCAUUUUUGCAAGGUACUACGGAUCCUACGUCAGAGAUUGGUACUUGGCCUCCUACUCAAGGCCAAGGAGAUAUUUAG